AUGGAGAUAGGAAGGAAGAUGAUGGUUGUGGUGGUUGUUUUGGUUAUGGUAUUCGAAGGGUCCAAAGCAUUCGACUUGUGUAACAUGAAUGAAGAUGGUCUGAUGGCAUGCAAGCCCUCCGUGACUAAGCUGAACCCGGUCACGCCGACCCCGGAGUGUUGCCAAGCUCUUUCGGGGGCUGACUUGACAUGUUUGUGUUCUUAUAGGAACUCAUUCAUGUUGCCUUCUCUUGGAAUUGAUCCGGAUCUUGUCAUGGCACUCCCUGCCAAAUGCAACCUCACCCCUCCUACCAAUUGCUAA